AUUGAGUUAGGCAAGAGGUGAAAAACAAGGAAGGGAGCUCUCAGUAGGUAGGCAGGUGUGUAUGUUUACUUCUUCUGAAUGUGUGUUGGAGAGGGAAAAAAUAAGGAUUUGGGGAUUUUAACACCACUCGGGCCUUUCUAAAGACUGAUAUGGACGUUCCGGACCCUUCCCAUGGGAAUAUGGGGCUGCUGAGAACCUUUGAUUCCUCUGAGUUUGGGAGCUGGGAGAAGAUCGGCUCGGGCGGCUUUGGACAAGUAUACAAAGUCCGGCAUGUACAGUGGAAAACAUGGCUGGCUAUCAAGUGCCCGCCCUGCCUUCAUGUAGAUGACAAGGAGCGAGCAGAGCUGCUGGAGGAGGCUAAGAAGAUGGAGGCGGCUAAGUUCCGCUACAUCCUGCCAGUGUAUGGGAUCUGUGGCGACGCCCAGGGCCUGGUGAUGGAGUACAUGGAGACAGGCUCCCUGGAGACCCUGCUGGCUGCUGAGCCUCUGCCCUGGGAGCUGCGGUUCAGGAUCAUCCACGAGACGGCGGUGGGAAUGAACUUCCUGCACUGCAUGAGCCCACCCCUCCUGCACCUGGACCUUAAACCUGCCAACAUCCUACUGGACGCACACUACCACGUCAAGAUAUCAGAUUUUGGUCUGGCCCGAUGGAACGGCCUAUCCAGAGUUGAUGAAAUCAGCCGUGAUGGGUUCUGUGGCACUAUCGCCUAUCUGCCGCCGGAGAGCAUCGUCGAGAAGGACAGGGUAUCAGACACUAAGCAUGACGUCUACAGCUUUUCCAUAGUCAUCUGGGGAAUUCUCACACAGAAGAAACCUUACCAAGGGGAGAACAACAUCCUGCAGAUCAUGGUGAAGGUGGUGAGAGGGGUGCGUCCCGAUCUCAAUGUUGUGCCCCGGAGUCGACCCCAAGCCUGCACGGGGUUCCUGAGCCUCAUGCAGCGCUGCUGGGCCUCCUUACCUGAUGCCAGACCCAGCUUCCAGGAAAUCACAUCAGAAGCCGAGGAGCUGUGUUCUAAACCCCAAGAGGAGUCUAAGAACCAAACUCCUAUGCCUGAGAAUAACCAUUGCAAUGGACUAACCACUGACCAGAAUAAAGAGCAGAAGCCAGUCAGGCCCAAGUCUGCCAUGUUGCCAGAGAAAGACUACAGCCUAUCAGAGCUGCUGAGCCAGGUAGACUCUGGGAUAUCUCGGAGCUUUGACCAUUUGAAGGAGGACCGCUGUCCCAGCAAAGACAACACCAGCAAGAGACUGUCAGGAAUCUCCUCUGUAGACUCUGCCUUUUCCUCUCAAGACUCCAUUACCCUCUCCUUUGAGAAAGAGAAUACCUGUGACUCUGGGGAGGUGCAGAGGAGGAAGCUGUGUGACGCCAUCCGUACCAAAGACAUGUCCAAGCUGAUGAAGAUCCUGCAGCCUCAGGACGUGGACCUCCUAUUGGAGGGCGGCUACAGUCUGCUCCACCACGCCGUCACGCAGGCCAACGAGGAGGCCGUCAAGUUCCUGCUCCUCAACCAUGCCAACACCAACCUGGCCAAUGCCCACGGCUCCACCCCCCUCCACCUGGCCACAGAGAAGCACCUGAAGGGCCUGGCCGAGCUGCUGCUGGGCCGCCGGAGCACCAACGCCAACGCCCGGGACGAAGACCAAUACACAGCCCUGCACUGUGCUGCUCAGAACGGGGACGAGGCCAUCACCCGCCUACUGCUGGACCGCGGCGCCUCCAUCAAUGAGACAGACGCCCAGGGACGUACACCUGCACACAUCGCCUGCCAGCAUGGCCAGGAGAACGUGGUCAGGGUGCUGCUAAGCCGCGGGGCAGACGUCCAUGUGAAGGGCAGAGAUGACUGGACGGUGCUUCACUUGGCUGCCUGGCAGGGCCACCUGGGCAUCGUCAAAUUGCUGGUGAAGCAGGCCGGGGCGGACGUAGAUGGGCAGACCACUGAUGGCCGCACCCCGCUGCACAUGGCCUCCCAUAGGGGGCAGUAUAGGGUGGCAAGGAUCCUGAUAGAGCUGGGGGCAGACGUCCACGUGACCUCCACGGGCCUCCACACCCCUCUGCAUGUGGCGGCUGAGACGGGCCACACCAGCACCUCUCGCCUCUUAGUCAAGCAUGAUGCCGAUAUCCAGGCCCGGACCACCCAGGGUCAUACCGCCCUUCACCUCGCUGCUCAGCGUGGCCACCUGCCCACAGUGAAGAUGCUGAUCGAGGAAGGGGCAGACCCCUACUGCACCAACCAAAACCUGCGUACCCCCUGCCACCUGGCUGCAGAAGGGGGGCACUGUGAGGUCUUCAAAGAGCUUCUGGUCCACUGCCCUGAGGGUGCCAGUCUGUCAGACGAGCAGGGCCUCACCCCUCUUCACCUGGCUGUGAGAGGAGGCUACACAGAUAUCACCAGCAUGCUUCUAGCCCAGGGGGUGGAGGUAUCACAAGAAGUACCACAGGACUCCAUACCCCUACCAGAGGAAGUACCACAGGACUCUAUCCCCCAUGACACACUGCAGCCAGCAGCAGAGGACUACCCAAAGCUUCUGGAUUGUCAGCCAAGCUCGUUGGCCAAGUGUCUCCAGAGAAAGGUUGUAAUCUUGAAACUGACGGAGCGUGAAGGAAAUGACUGUCCAGAGGAGGGAGUCACGCUGUGACUGGAUUGUACAGAACUGUCCUGGAAUUAGAAACAGUCAGGGAUCUCUUCUAUUCCCUUCCCCUUGGAUGUGAUGGGAGAGGUGUCUCGAGCUAAAGAGACCAGCAGUUGUAUUAGUUUUUUUUGUACAUACUAUUUUGAUUGUGUCUUAUUUUUAUGGCAGUCUGUGAUUGAUCAUUCAUUUCCAGAUGUUAUGAUUAUUUGGUUAUUUGGGCCUCUCAAAGCCCCUGUUACCGCCCUUCAUUACUUUGGUAUCUUGUCAGAGAAGGAAAGUUUUAAUGUAAAUAUGUAUACUGUAUAGAGAACCAUGAGCCCAUAUAAAUCACUUUGUUCCUUUAUGUUAAAUAUAGACUCCAUGUCAUGUUUUCCCUUAAUAGUGUAGCUUUUCUACUUUGCAUAUGCACAUUCAUGGCCCCCAGUAAAAAAUAAUGUUGACAUUAUCUGUGGAAUGCCAUUUGUGUUUUCCUUUGCUAUCGACUUACUGUAGCUGGUAUGUUUAAACAUGUCCAUAAGCUAUAUUCUCUAAUAAAACAACAGUGUCAAUACAAGUGUGUGUGUGUGUGUGUGUGCGUGCGUGCGUGUGUGUGCGCACCCACCCACCCACGUGCCCCUGUAAAUGUGUGAAUGAAAGAAUGAUGGCCAUCUUCACUGCCAGGCAGAAUGGACAUGUCUCUAUCUGCAGCCGGCUUUAUUCUUAUCAUUCCUGCCUCUCCCCCAGACCCUACAGAGCAUUCUCAACUUGGCAUCAUCCAUGGGAACUGCCCUCGGGGGGGAUCGCAGGCCAGGCAGGUGGGUUAGUGGGAGGGGAGUGGGGUGAGGAGGGGGGAACAUACCUGCCUUUCCAGGCUGUUGGCUAAUUCCUCAGACCAUUUAACAUUUUCAUCACUCCUAAACCAACGUUCCAUCCUUGAUGUUGAUGCCUGCAGGGCUAGGCCUCUUGAGACCCGAGUCUGAAGCCCUCCUGAGCUGAGCUCCGGCGAGCCUUGUAAUUGCCCUGGUUUAGUGGUGAGUUCUGUGUAAUCAGAGGCUUUGGUGUGUGUGUGUGUGUGUGUGUGUGUGUGUGUGUGUGUGUGUGUGUGUGUGUGUUGUGUGUGUCAGCUGUUCCUGCGUGAUCCUACAAAAGCCUCAGUGGUGUGGAACCUCCGUUACUCAAUCUGGGAAAGAUUGAGUAACAGCAAUCUUCCGCCUCACUUAUCAUGGCAUUCUAUUAUGUUCCUUCACUGUACCCUUUCUACAUACUUUACACAGUAGCUUGUUAUCCAAGUACACUCCCUAUAAUUGCACUGUGCCACCCUUGUAGUGUUUGAUGAAUAAGUAAGUAGAGCAUUUAAAUGGAUUUGACUCUCUAUGCCUCUCAUGAGAAUAACACACACUGCUAUGACUCAUUGCUCCCUCUUAAUGGCCCUCAUCUCUACAUCUUCUGAUUGUGACAAUGUGCAGAACAUUUUCACACUCAAAUAUAUCAUCUAGAGUACUUGGUAGUUCAGUAAUGAAGCAGUCAUGAGUCCUUAAGAUUUUUCAACAAUCCAUUUUUAAUGAUAAUGCUUUGGUAAUAAAAAAAUAAAUAAUGAAUGAA